AUGUUACCGAUACUGGAGUUUAUCGAUGAAAAUGUUAUUGGUGGAAAGACAAAAUUUGAGGGACCCUACGGAGAGAAACGAGGUAAGAUAUUAGACUUUUUUGCAAAGAAGGGGGUGACAAUCGGAAAAACGUUAAGUUAGCUGAAGUUAAGCUAAAGUUUAGAUCAGAUUCUAAUAAACAGAACAUAACUAUUGUGAUAAUAAUAAAAAUUAGAAUAGCACAAAUGAACCCAACGGUCGACUGAAUAUGAUAUACAGCAAUCUGUCAUAACAACGUGAAUGCGGGUUUUGAUGCGUGCUAUUUCAUCGCACGAUUUCAAAAUCACUAGAAAGAACAUUUUAAAGGACGCUUGGAGGCUCAUAUCCCAAAAGACGGGAGUUUAGUCGUCGCCUGGAAAUUAACUGUUCUGUUUUUUUUUUGGCAAAGAGUUCAUGUACUGUUACGAUGUGCUUUGAAAAAAAAUUACUCCUCAGCUAGGUUCAUUACUUAGUUUACAUGCAAUGUUCAACGACAGGCGAAGCAAAAAAAACGACACCGAGCAAACUAACUAUAGUGUGCGCGAUAAAUGACUCAAACAACUGAUUCUGUUAAGUAUUACAAAUCCCUCUGUCAGAAACAUGAAAAUGAGUACGUGUCUAACUGUUAUUUGAUUAUCAUAUCUUUAACUUCAACGCACUUACACUUAAUGUCACUUGUACUGAUAGGCUAAGACAAAGUCUCAAUUGCACUCUCUAUUUAUUUUGAUUCGCGUGCUCCAGUUAGCUAAUAUACUCAAGCGAUUAUUGGUUUCAAGGUAAUAAACAAGUAAUGACGCCGUAAUUUAUUCACGAGCAUCUUGAGGUUUCAUACUAAUUUUGCAAAAACAUAUAAAUGUGACUAACUCAUACAAAAUGGCGUCGGGACCAGAAUUGUGUAGUGGCAAAGCUUCAAUUUUCUUUCUAAUGUUAGGCAAUUUCAGAUUCAUUUAGCUCAACAGAGUCUAAGAUACCCAAGUUCGAACCCUAGCUGUUCCUCACAACAGUAUAUAUGCACUACCAAUACGCACAAUACGACCGACUGAUAAAUGACUUAUUUCACGGUUAUUUGUCCCAGUUAGAAAUAUUUGAAAUGUAUCCAGUACACGUGGCGCUUUGUGCUUGCAUGAGCUACUGCUGUUAGUAUAGCUCCAAACACAAAGUAAUCUUAAAGUAAAACCUAAAUAUAGAACUAAAAUCGCCUCUAAGACGUAUGAACCAAGUCAUAUCCACACUGUGACACGUGGGCAGGGAGCAAACCCCCCACCAGCUAUGCACGAUAGUACAGUUAUUUGGAAAUAUUUUAAUUAUUAAAUUCAAAUGAAGACUCGAUACUAUGCUCUGUAUUGAUUAUGAAAACAUAUUUGCGCUAUUGACCAAGCGUGAGGUUUAAGAUGGCUGGACAUCGGCCAAGUUCUUUCUUGCGUUUUUCUGGACCCAGACGAAGUCUGGGACAUAGCGAUACUGACGCUGACGUCACCUACUGAUAUUAAUUUGCCAACCACAAGCGCAUUGGUUCUUGUAACAAAAGAUUCUUUUGUUUCUCUCGUUACAAAUUUGAAUAACAAAAACAAUGUUUGUGAACAGUGACGUCUUCUACAUUAUAUGGCCAAAAAGGAGCUUUUGCUUGCGGGACCAACGCGGGAAAUCCCGAGCGGCCCGCUAAGCUAACCAAUCAGAAAAAAAAGAUGGGAAUAGUGACGCCUUUCAAAAUGGCGGCAAUAAUGGUACCGUCUUGAAAUCUUCGAAUGAAAUUCAAUUUUUACAACGUUGAUGAAGAUAAAAGCCUUUCAAUCUACCUUGAUAAAAUAAGUUCUGGUAUUACCAAUUAUAAUUACAUACACAUUUCUUAAAGUUAGGGUUUUGAUUAACCCUAAAAAUGCAAUAAUGAGAACGAUCACCAGGAAAUUUAUUUUCAAUGAACGCUGUUGAAAGUGGUUUACACGCUGUACUUUGUUUUCUUAUUAGUGAUAUAUUGCGACUACACGGCUUCUGGCAAGUAAGUGGAUUUUACAGUUUAUUGAGAUUAUGAUCGUGUAUUUUUAGUCAUAGAUUGAACCUUGAAAAUUGACUCGUUUAGAUAUCUACCGUAUGUUCUUUAAAAAUUAGUCUUCCCUAUUAUCCUUUUAACUGAGAAUUUGUCGAUUUGUAUCUUCUCUCUUUUAGCAUUUAUUAACUUUCUUUUUGUUCAACCCACGUGUUCGAGAGGUAUUUAGGGAGUCCCCAGUAUGGUUCUUCUAGUGACUGAUCCCGUCAUCCCGAACAAAAUACUCUCUCAAUCCACAAUCCAAGGAUUUCUCUUUACGUAAUCCCGAUCGAUACAUGAACAUCGCAGACGCACUCUUUUUUCUCGAUGAUUCCGAAUCCCUAUCUUCAAAUAAACCAUGCCAAAUACCUUCUAAACUCGCCCACAGUGACCUGAAACUCGCAUUUAGUAAUUUUCACUUUAAUACGUGGCUUAUUAAGGAAAAGACAACCCGAUUAUAGUUUAAAAGAGUUACCUAACAUAGUGAAAAAGAACUGAACACCACGCGGCUAGAGUUACAAUAUGCAUAAAGGAAUUUUUCUAAAGAUUUCAAGGCACUAUUUACACGAAAAAGGACUAUGAUUAGGAUACGUUUAUAAUUAUAGAAGCUGUGACUAUUUCUCCUCCUAAAUAAUUUACGGUACGAGGGAGAAGACGUCAUAUGUUGGUUACUGUAAAGAAAGUCAAUUACAUGGCUGCUCUCUAUCCCCAGGCCUCUUCGGUUUAUUGAGAACUACAUCCGGGACUAUGUGUAUCCGUUUUACGCCAAUACCCACACCACAACAAGUGUGACGUCACGGCAGACUACCAAAUUCAGAGAGGACGCUCGGUAAGACAAGAAGCUAAGGGAGCGUAUAUUUGGCUGUCGCUGCACUAGGCAUAUGUGAAGUUUUUUAUGUUUAUUAGGGAUGUGUGAGUAGUGCAGUAGCGUUGCAUAUUUUAGGGGUUGGUUGAAAUGUAUGAAGUGGAGGGCGUGGAGCCCCCCGAACCCACACACCCAAAAAGUUAUACCCCCUUCUCCGUAUGAAAUGAACUUUCCCUUAUCAACGUUCUCUCCAUGCAAAUACAGUCAACUCUCGCCUUGCGGACACCUCGCUAUAACGGACACCACGAUAAUACGGACAGCAGCUAAACCCCAGGCAAAAAAAGUACAGAUGUUUGGCUGAAAUAGACUCCCGCUAUUACGGACUCUCGCUAAUGAGGACAAUAACUCGAGGUCCCCACAGUGUCCCUUAUAAGGAGAUUUGACUGUAUGACCAUACAUAUAACUCAACAAAAAAUCAAAUGUAAAGUGGAUUGGAAAGCAUGUACUGUGCCAUGGUAACCUCUUAAGACAUAAUGGAAAAUUAGGCAAUUGGUAGUUUUAUCAGACUAUUAUCCGGGUAGCAAAAUCUGAAAAACAGAACUUAAGCGUAAUGCAGAAAAGUAUGCUGUAGUUAAUUGCCAGCAAAUUUAACAUGAGAAAAGAAAUAAAAUAUGCACCUACAUAUUAUAAUUAUCCUACAGUGAUAUCAUAAAAAAGUGCGUUAACGCUGGACCCGAUGACGUAGUUGUGUUCACCGGAAGUGGAACCACUGGAGCUAUCCACAAGUUAAUUCACGCCUUACAAUUAACAGGAACAGUAGUCGGCAAAUCUGUAAGUAUAAUAAAGAUAAAAAAUAUAUAAUAUUUCUUUCAAGAGGGAAACCUUUUUUGAAGAAACCAAUAACAGAAUAGUACUCGACAUUUGUAGAGAAUUUCCAACGACAAGGAUAGGUUUAUACAAUGAAGUUUGACACAAGUACGAACGUUAGUACGAAGUGAAAGCAGUGGUCGUGACAUUUCGACUAUUAAUCGUCCGUGUGCAAAAUUUAGAAGAACACAAAACAAGGAUCACGUAAAAUUUGCAUGAUGGUUCAUUAAAGCUUUUCCCGACGGCCAAAAAUCCUUGUUAGAGCUUUUUGCCGUCUACGUCGCCCUCGCGGAGCCUCUACAAGGCUGGGUCGAUAACACAAUUACAGAGUAUGAGUUAAUGAAGUCAUUUAUCACUUUUCUUCAAAAGGUUGUCUUUGUUGGUCCAUUUGAGCAUCACUCGAAUAUCCUACCUUGGAAAGAAACUGGCACAAAGGUAAUAAGUCAAAAAGUCCUUGCAGAGACGAUACUGAAGUGAUUCUGUGGAUGAUGUCAUUAUGUUGCUGACUUUUGAGUCUGCAAAUGAAAUCCCCAAGUGUGACCAUUCAAAUGAAAGCUACUGAGCAGUACUAUCCUGUACAAGGUGGUUCUGACUUUUGAGACAGGAUAAAAUCCUUAAUUGUGACCAAUCAAAUAAACGCUACUGAGCAGUACUUUCCCGUGGUACUGUUUAUAAUACACUGUAAAAGGUAGUUCUAACAUUUUAGUCUGUGGAUAGAAAACUAAUGUGUACUAAAUUUAAAGCUACUGAGCAGUUCUUCCCUUCUAUGGCAGAGUUAAUUAUGCUGUACAAGAUGGUUCUAACUUUUGAGUCUGGGAAAGAAAUCUUAACAAUACUUUCACGUGGAACUGUUUAUUAUUCUGUACAUUGGUCGUUGACAUUAUGUUCGUAUAAAGGAGCUGCUUUAUAUUCAGAGACAGUUUUGCAGAAUGGAAAUGCAAUAUUUUUUAUUCGUAGAUCGUCCGAAUACAGGAUAAUAACGAGGGGACGGUUGACAUGGAGAUGUUAGAGACCAGUCUGACGGUAAUAAUAUUUGACCUAUUUUUUCCCGUAAAAAAAUAUCAGAUUGUAAGCGUUUUUAAUUCGUAAUAGGAUGUCCCCUCACAAACAAUAGGGAGUUUUAGCAACGGCGAAGGCAACGAGAACGUCAUAUCAGCAAUAGGUUUAUUAAGCAUCACGCUUUUUUGUACAUUUCUUUGCUGUUAUUGCGCGACUACGACGUGAAAAUGCCUAAUUGCACGUUUUAUGGAGGAAGUAAACGAGCGACAACGAAUCUUUCUUUCUUUUUCUAAACUUGAGUGCGUUCCCUAAGAGAUCAACUCCAGGGAAAUUUGCCUACAUUAGACGUUUUCAGCGAACUGGAAUAAACGCGACAAAGUUGAAAAAACGCUGAUUCAUAUUUAAAGUGACGUUUUCGCUGCCGUCGCCGUCGUCGAUGCUAAAACUCCCUAAUGAAAUUCAACAGUUUUUUUUCCUGGAGUGCAUUUCAUACAGAGUUUGCAUGUCUCGCCUAAAACUCAUAUUACUUCACUUAAUUUCUGACGUCAUAUUUCGUAAUCAUAGUAACCGAUAGUCACUAAACUAACCUUGCAGUUACUGAAUACAUACGUUUCGAAAAAAUACUCUUCUGACAAGAAUGGAGAAUAACUUUUAUAAAGGUAACCUUCAACCACAGUUAUUUGCAAUUUCACGACCGUUCUCUGUUUUCUUGAACAAAGAAAUAUCGUUUAGCAGAAUACAACAUUUACGUGGCGUUCUCAGCAGCUUCUAAUGUGACAGGAAUUAUAACAGACACAGUAGCUGUAGCUGAACUUUGUCACAAAUAUGGCGCCCUGUCAUUUUGGGAUUACGCAUCUGCUGGACCAUACCUUCAAAUUGAUAUGAAUCCCACCGGAACAGGGUGAGUCAGAACGAAAAAUAGUAAAUACCUCUCUAGGUAGUUUUCGACUGGGCUUGUUUUCUUAUACCAACUCUAAUAAGGCUAUGUUACACUAAACACAUCCAAGUGUAUAGUAUGAAUUACAGAAUUGAAUUGAAUUGAACUGAAUAUAUCGGAUAGAUGGCGCUGGCGCGAAAACCAUACCGGACACGGCCUCCGUUCACAAAUAAGAGCAGAGAUUUCGGCGAGAUUUCUCCAACGGAGCGAAGCUGCGCCGUAAUAAAAGCAUAGUAGUCGCCUGAUGAGAAGACAAGCGCAUUAAUUUUCCGUUUGUAGUACUGGUUAAUGCACAUGUGACACAGAUGUAGCCCGCGUGCAGGAGGAGGUGGGGGGUGGGGGGAAGUGAGGGGUGAGGCCGAAAAAUCAACUGGAUGGUUUGUUUAAGACUGAAAAUGAUCUUCCCGCCAAGUGUUAAUCCUAAAUAGGAUUGUUAGUGACAUCUGUAAACCUGAAGAAGGCUGGUAUGCCCAGCCGAAAUGUUGCUAUAAAAAAAAACAAUACACGUUGUUUUGAAUCAGCUUUGCAGUAGUCUUUGGACUUCUCGUUUUUGGUUCUUUAUAUUUUGGCUGAUUAGAUCUCUUUUCUAGAGAUUCAACGUUUACAACUAGCAACGGUUUUUGCAGUUAAUUUAAUCCUUUAUUAGUGACAAUGACUGAUGUGUCGACAAUUUCUGCGGACGUCAAUAUCAAGGUGAAACUGAACGAGUCAUAUUUUUGCCAACUCAUGACAUAAACUCUCGUUAUUGUUUAGUACAAGUGACGUCAUUUAAGGUGGUUGAACAGAGUUUGAGAGGUUGUGCAUCAUUAACAUUUAUUGGGGGUGUCAUUUAAGACUCGUUGCAGGUAUCAAGCUCAUGCAUAUUUGGCACAGACAAAAAAUAUUUAUAUGACAUUUGUUGGGUUAAAAGUGAGAUGUGAAUCAUUGUACUGGCAACAUGGAUGACUGAAAAUAAACCUAAAAUUUUGAAUUUAUUAGGUUAACGCAAAAUCGAGUCAUUAGACAUUCUUAUAAAUUUGCACCCAGCUUACAUUAAGUAACCCUCAUUUUUAAGAAACUAGUUAAUCAACUUGUAACAAACAGAAACAGUUUUGAAAUUUUAGAAAAUAUCUUUGAUGGACAUUUUGAUUGUAUCACAGAACUCCUUUGCUCAAAAUCUAUUUUAAGGCUUAAGUGUGAUAUGAACAGGAUUUAUGACAAAUUUUAAUGAGUAGAUUUUAAGAUAUUGUCGUUUAUUAACAACGCUUUUGAAAGUUAUAAAAACAAGCGCUCUCACAUUGCAGCUUUCCUAGGUAAGCAUGCGCACCACUUAGUCAAUGUGCUGAGGUCACGUGAUAUGUCAAAGGUGACAAAAACACAAUGAAUUUUCAUUGAAGUUCUUUACAAAUUGUCCUAGCAUUUUUUCUUUGAAAGCUUAUUGGCUGCAUACCUGCUCAGAAUAAAGAUGUUAAAAUACUAAAAUACACAGUAAAGGCUGGGAUAAACCAGAUCAGUUCUAGAGAAACUGUGUUCAGCCACCUUAAGCUGUACAGGCACUAAAAGCAGUCAGCGAAAGAUUCAUAAUAAUUGGCGAACUCGACUCGAAAAAGUUAUAUGUUUGGUUAAAGUGUCUCUUUGUAGAACAACUUCUAUUCACCAUACGCACCUGUAACGACAACCUUGUUUGUUCCUUUUUUAUUAGCUAUAAAGAUGCUGUUUUCCUAUCUCCUCACAAAUUCGUCGGAGGACCAGGGACACCGGGUAGGUGCUUGAAGUCUACGAUCUCCGGAAAUUUCCGGACAAAACUUGAUUUUUAAAGAGUCUCCCUGUUUUGUUGUUUAGGAUUACUUAUCGCCAAAAGGAGAGUGUUCAGAAAUCCUGUACCGGGUGGCUGUGGCGGAGGAACAGUUCUCUUCGUAAGUUAGAGAAGAUUCUUACUUUUUAUCUCGAUUUUGACAAUUGUAUGGUUUGUCGAACUCAGUCCCCAGAAUAAAGUAACUGUAAAGCUAUAAUCUGGAUAAUAAAUCAGAUGAAAGAAAGGAAGAGUGAAACCAGCUGAACAGUAUGAGCAUCAAAGUUGGAUCUACAUGUUUAAUCAGCUUUCAAGACGCUUCGAUGAUUUCAUGACAGUAGAUUGGCAACAAAGAGUUCUAUAUAGCCCCUCUUGGUCCUCGAAUUUUCCCUCGGCUUGACUUAGGCCCCGUCUAUAUGUAGAACACUUCUCCCCGGGGGUAGAAGGGUCACUCGCCCACCCGAGCUCCCCUGGUCGAGCCAACGCUUCCUACAUUUCCUUACAAAACUUGGCGAACCGUUUACAUAAGAAAAAAAAAGUUGGCUCCGCUGGGAGGGUGUCCCUCUUUCCCGGGACAAAGUCUCCCCACAUAAACGGGGCUUUACUUACUUCUUACUCCCCAAUAGAGUUUUUCAAUCCCGUAAUCCCGACCCAAGAUUUCGAGCAAUCCCGUUAUCCCGAGGGUUAUUUUUGGCACCCCACCUCCCUCGCAUACUGUCAAUCCCGAAACCCUCCCUGACUUUGCUGUAAAAUCGCGAAUGGCGAAUCCCGAGCUGCAAAUAAGGGAAAUCCCGUAUCCCGGAAAACCUACUGGGGACCCUCGACACUAGUCCUGCAAACAAGGGAGGAGAGAGAAGGGGGGUGGAGGCGAGCCUAUCAGAAUGAAACGCAAUAUAUAUGCGAUAAUUUUCCAGAGUAUGAAUAGUUAGCGAAUUCUUUUUUUAACUUUUUGACAGUUAUUGCAUUUGCUGAUACAGGUAACACGUGACACGCAUUUGUACUUGAAAGACAUCGAAGAAAGGGAAGAAGGCGGAACACCGGCUAUAGUGGAGUCAAUACGGGCUGGUAUGGUCUUCCAGCUGAAGCAGGUGAGGGUGAAGCAAAUCUAAUAUAGACAAUACAGGCUAGUAUGGGCUUUAAACUAAACCAGGAGAGAGUGAAGCAAACAAUAUGUAAGUAAAUCAUUCCUCCAUAUCUUUUCAAUCGUCUAGUAAUCGAUGGGUUUGUCUAUUUUUUCCUCGAGGAAAUUGCAGCUUAAACUCGACCUGUUUUAUCAACUUUUAGGGCUUCGAUUAUUUGUUAAUUUCUUUGGUAUAUAUUGUUCAAGAACUGUUAAUGAAUUUUUAAAAAAAAAUCAUUAGUUCCAUAUGUUCUCUUCUUAUAUCUCAUGCUUUCAGGCUGUUGGAACAAAUGUUAUUGAAGACAGGGAAGAAGAGCUUUGCAGGUUUGUAAGAACAACUAGCACUCCUUGUUCAAGGAAGUUUUGUACGAAAACAAUGAAUUUGCUUGGCUUGGUGGGGCCACGCGGUUACGUAAACUUAUCUAUCCAUUUAUUUAUUAAAUGCCAACCGUCUGUUUAAAACAUUUAUAAUUAAGCUUACUCUUGUCAUGAACAAAUUACUUUUAAAAGCAAACAUUUAAAGUGAAUUUAUAACACAACAUAUUACUGACACAAGUGAUAAUAGAGCUCGCGUAAUUAACGUGAAGUUGACACAAACUUCAAAGUCAAAUUUUGAAGCAUACAAAGGUAAAGAGGUAAAGAGGUUCUUCAGGCCUGGCAGGGCUAUUGCGGCGCAAAUUAUUCUUGUUUAUGUAGCAAGAAGCAUCUAGGAGUAUCCCCCCUCCUCCUAAACCCACACAGGAUGGAAUACUAGGCCACCCCCGUAAUAUAUCACCGGUGCACAUUCAUGCACCUGAGUGAAGAAUAACAAAGUGAACAAAGACACAACGAUAUAGCAAGACGUACUGCCCGACCUACAGAUCUCAAGUCCGAUGUGUUAACCACUAAUAUAUACUGCCACAACUGAUUUUGUAGAGCAGAUUAUUGUUCUCUUUUUCACUCUUUAAGAUCCAUUUAAGUCAAGGCGAAGAAGACUGGAAUCAAACGUGAAAGGAAUAGAGAUACCACUCUUCUUUGUUUGUAGAAAUACGAAGUAUGCGACUUAGUUACCUUAAGGACGUGCGAUGAGUGAUUUCAUUACUUUGUUUAUUUGUUUGUUCGAAGGAAAGCCCUAGCCGUUUUGCAAAAGAAUCCAAACAUUAAAAUUCUGGGGAACAAGGAAGCACGCCGUCUGCCAAUAUUCUCAAUGUUAAUUCGUCACGAAGACAGCGGGAAGUUCCUGCAUCAUAACUUUGUUUCCGUGCUACUAAAUGAUCUCUAUGGUAUCCAAGCGCGAGGUGGUUGCGCAUGCGCUGGACCUUACGCACAGGUUAGUCAAACAAAUGGAGGAACAUAGCGUGGUAACUCGCAGUAAAUUUCACUCAUAACGUGCAUACUUUAGUGAAAUCAACACAGCUUUGGAACUUGAAUUGUUAAGAGCAACAAAAAAGAGUAAGAAUGACCAUGUUCAAUGUUAUUUAUCAGGACCUCUUGGGAAUAGACGAGAUCACUGCGAGAAAGUUCACUUGGUUUCUUGAAUCUCACGAGGAGUAAGUUGAAUCAUUUUGUUGUUCAUACAAAGAAACAUUUAAAAGGGUACCCUGCCUCUCCCAUGCACUUACUACAUUGACCCAGUUGCGGAAUAAGAUACCGUUCACGAGUAGUAUCAUCUUUUAGAUAUUGACACAUACUUUAAAUGAGCGAAAGUCAGCAGCUAGUUUACCAGAAAAUAUAGACUUCAUACGAACCCUGUACACAGAAAAUAAAGGCAUUUGCCUGGCAAGUCACCCAACUCUAAACACAAAAGACAAGCUUAAUGUGUCAACGAUGAUACUCUUGAUCGUUUGUCCAGAUCAGAUCAUCAAUCAAAUCACCUAAACCCAACUCUCCAAGAUGGCUAUGACGCUCCGAUCGAUAGAAUUAAUAUAUAGAUUUAGCCAGGGCUAAAACGAAGCUCUCGUUAAUAAUACUUAAAAACAACAACAACAACAAAAUAAAUCGUAUAAUGCUAAAAGGGGACGGCUAUGAAAAUGGCAUCAACAUCAAUAGAUCUAAUUAGAAAAAAAAAAAAAUUUGCACGUGCAGCAGACUUUUUUGUCUUUCGUUGCCGUUGUUUUGCACGACUACAAUGCCGUUUUGUACGACUAAAGGUAAUGUUACACAGGACGAUUCGCAACGACGAUUUUUGGCGCAACACAGAGUUGCAAUGUUGGAACAAUGUUGUAACUAUACGAAACAAUGUCGUAACAAUGUCACAACGCUGUGUUGCGCUAAAAAUCGUCGUUGCGAAUCGUCUCGUGUAACAUCACCUUAAAACGUCAAACGUCCUAGUUACACGUUACUUUUAUGGAGAAAUUGUCGCAUGUGCUUACCAAAGAUUUUAUUUCCUGUGUUCAUGUUCGCUGUUAUUUUUUCACCGCCGCUCAUUUUCACCUGGCCUCUAACAUUUCUCAUUUUCUCGCCGCCGCUAUGAAAUUUUCAUGUUUUUCUUCCAACGAAAUUCGUCUCCUCGCUCCUUCUCUAAGCAUCAAAAAUAACGUCGAAAAAGACACGACUUUGUUGUUGUUGUUUUUUUUCUCUGGAAAAGUCCGGGCGGCCAUGCGAUUUUCUUUCGUUGUAUUUGGGUUGCCAUACCUGUUGAUUGAGUUAUUUUAUAUUGGUGUGCCUGUGGUGCGGACGGACGGUCGGUCGGUCGCUCGGGUGGUGUACGGUCACGUGAUUACCAAAUUUUCUAGGAUGGGUAGAUUUACUUAGCUAUGCGGCUCUGCACGCGUGUGCGAAAGAGUUCCGCUAUAAAACUGCCUCCACAUAUGUCUCUAAGAUGUUUCUCAGGUUUUUAAACCGCGAUUUUUACUUUGUAGGGAGGAUGUAGAAGUAUCAUGCAAAGAACCACUGGAAAUAAUGAAGUAAGAGAUACUGGAUGAUAGGCACUUAGCAGCUUUGGGACACAUAACCUGUCUCUUGCCAAAAUUAUGGGAUACAACCCUAAAAAACCGAAGAUUGAAUGACCAAAAAAACAAAAACAUGGGUCUGCCAACUUUCAUGUUUUAUACUCCUACCAGUGCGAUUCUAUGGUGGUUUGAAUACACCUUUUGCUGUUCAUUACGAGAAAAUACGCAAUCAUUUGCGUGAAACGGCGAUCAAUUGCGCGAAUAGAAAUUCAUUAGCGCGAAAAUACGAACAUUUGAGCAUAAAUCAGAUUCAAUAGCGAUUUUUGCAUUUUAAUCAACAUUCAAUAACACUUUUGGGCAUUCAUAUGCGUCAUUCGGCAUACAAAAGAGAAAAAUAUACUUUCAUUUGCGCUAGUAUGUAAGUCAUUAACACCAUCUUGAAAGUCAAUAGGGACAAUAGGCAAACAUUAAAGUGCAUGUACCAUUUAUUAACAUUUCUGUGACACUGUUUGCAUUUCAUUAGAAUUCCUGGACGGCCUUAGGCCCCGUCCACACGAAGACGAUUGUAAACGCAAACGCUAGCGUUUUAUCUCCGUCCACACGAAAACGAUCAUCGUUUACGUAGCGUUUUAACCCGUCCACACGAAAACGCUCGUAAACGCAUAAAACGAUGUCAUACACCGGACGCGCAUGGUCUCAGUUCUUGAGCUAGAUUAUAUAGCGAGUCUCUGCUCAUUCGAAAGUUCUCUUUCCACUCUUCUGGUAUCACCACUUGAUCGGCAAAGUUGUUCCACCAGGCGCUUGUACGACCUGGUCUGGUCCAGAAUCUUCCCUCUUUGCUCUCACGUCUGCAUCUAAGCCGUUUUACUCGAGUAAAAGUGCUUGUAGUUGUGGAUAACAAUCUUGAGAGGUUUAGUCUUCUUCUUUUGUAGUUUUCCUGUAUAUCGAUUAUUGCAUGAUUCAAUUGAAUACUCGCAAUUAUGCUUGAAAUAAGCGCAAGCAAGACACAGCUCAACAUUCGUGUGUACGCCAUCUUGGAAACGCACUCGAUAAAAGAGACUGGCGCUGACAUCUGACGUCAGCGUUUUCACAGCGUUUACGAAAAUAUACGUUUACGGCCGUCCACACGAAGACGCAUAAACGGCGUUUUCAAAUUUAUCCACUUUGGAGAGCGUUUUCGAAUUUAUGCGUUUACGGUGAGCGUUUUCAUAGUCUUCGUGUGGACGGAAGGCCUAAACGCAUAAAAAAGUUUGCGUUUACUAGCGUUUGCGUUUACAAUCGUCUUCGUGUGGACGGGGCCUUAGCGUGGAUGAGACAAACGUUAAUGCACUUGUACAAACAAUUAGGCGUUCUUUAAAUUCAAUAAACAAAAAUCGAUUUUCAAUUGAAUAGUACCUAUUUCAAACUAUUUUGUCCUGAAUUUUAGUCUAUGCCUCAAUAACUUCUCUGUUUAAACAUCUUGGCAGGUAGGUCUGCAUUUAACGAAACCAUUGAGCACAUUUAGCUGCGGUAACGGUGUCGAUGUUUCUGUGUAGAGCUUCAAGAAGUUGUUGUGUUCGAAAAUCUCCUAGUGGCAUUCUUCGGGCUCUUGCUUCAUCUCUGUUGUCCAGAAGUCUUUGAAUUUCAGGACGGGAAAUGUCGGCCUUGAUGGCCGCUUUAAGACUGCUUAUUGCCUGUUCCACGAUGUUGAGGAAAGGGCUGUAUGGUGGAAGCAUUUUAAGCUCUGUAUUUGGGGCGGGAAUGGUAGGGUUUCUGUGGGCCGCCGCUGCGUCAUAAACAAAGAUCACCGACUCAUCAGGAUCUAAGUUCGUCCUCGCCUGUUCCAGGAAGUUGUUAAAACGUUCAGCGUUCAUUCCUCCCACAGCUGCUGACGAAAACACGAGUCCGUUUAUGGGCGAUAUUGCCAUUGUCACGGUCAGGUUUCGUCCACGCUGGCCGCACACUUGGCGGUACGCCCUCUCUCUUUGCCGCGCCCUGCCAUGACUUCUAGCCGUCCAAAUAUUGUAGCCGCAUUCGUCGACAAACACACAGUGGCGGAUUAUGACGUGGUUCAUAAACCAGUUCGCGUAAUCGACUCGCUUGUUCAGCACGUCAGGUCUGUUUCUGUCAGCAGGGAGGGGUCUUACCAGUUUCACUCGGAACAGCAUCCCGUCUAACGUUCUUGAUACGGUGCGGUCAUGUAUCUCCGGUUUGGCUGGUAACCGUCUCCUCAACUCACUGUUUAUUUGAGUAAGUGUGAGCAGACAGUUUUCGUUGAUAAUUUGCUCUAGAGAGUCUCUCAUCUCAUCAUCAACGCGCACGUUGUUUCUUCCACCUCUUGGUCUCUCCUGGAUCCUGCCCUCUGUGAUGUAACGCGCAACGAUACCCCUUGCCGUUGAUCGAUUCACGCCCGACGUGUCUGAGACUAAAAGAUAGUCCUCCUGCUCGUCCUCGAACGCUCUAACGAUUCUCUCUCUCUGUUCGAGAGGUAUUCGAUUUCUUCGUGGCAUUUUACGUGCACUGUACAUGUACUUGUAACACAUGCAGUAGUCAAAAAACACUCACGAAGUGAAAUAAACAGGAAGAAAUUUUCUGAUCCUUUUAUCCUAUUUUGCACUUGACAAAGGUUACGUAACCUAUCUAAAGGGUUGUACAUACGUGUACACAUCAUGUGCAUCGCACUAGCAAUGAAAAUUUCAGGCAAAAUAGGUAUUGUUCCAUUGAAAAGCGUUUUUUGUUUAUUGAAUUUAAAGAACGCGUAAUUGUUUGUACAAGUGCAUUAAUGUUUGUCUUAUCCACACUAAGGCUGUCCAGGAAUUCUAUUGAAUUGCAAACAGUGUGACAGAAAUGUUAAUAAAUGGUUUUUUCACUUUAAUGUUUGUCUAUUGUCCCUAUUGACUUUCAAGAUGGUGUUAAUGACUUGCAUACUAGCGCAAAUGAAAGUAUAUUUUUCUCUUUUGUAUGCCGAAUGACGCAUAUGAAUGCCCAAAAGUGUUAUUGAAUGUUGAUUAAAAUGCGAAAAUCGCUAUUGAAUCUGAUUUAUGCGCAAAUGUUCGUAUUUUCGCGCUAAUCAAUGUAUAUUCGCACUAUUGAUCGCCGUUUCACGCAAAUGAUUGCGUAUUUUCUCGUAAUGAACAGCAAAAGGUGUAAAGGCGAAAAUAGUUCAAGUAUUAAUGGAAAAAGUCGCUGGACUGCGCGCCUUGCGGCAUAGCAAUACAAACCAUAUACGAACCCUUACAAUUUUGCAGACGUCUCAUAAUUCUUAGUCUUUUUUGUCAGUCACCUAAAAAUUGGUUCUUUUGCUAAUCUUCUCAUGCUUUUUGCGUCUCUGGUAUUGUUCAGCUCCGUUGUUAAUUCAAUAUAUCUUUUUGAAGUAAGAAGGUCACCUGACUGCAAACUCCAAAGGACCCCAAACGGCCUAAUACAAAUAUCAAAAUACUUCUCAUCAAGUUUUCCCGGAAGUAAAUAACGUGUUUUGUUUAUUUCAAGGCCCGGAUUUGCUCGAAUAAACUUGCCUUACUUCAUGGAUGACGACACAGCGCACUUUGUGUUAGAAGCAGUCGACAUGGUUGCCGCACAUGGCUGGAAAUUGCUACCGCAGGUCAGAAAAAUAUGAUAUACAACUGACAAUUUGAUUGUUUGAUUACCUUUUAAAUUAGAUAUUAAUCACGUGCAGUACAUUCAGUUUCAAGUUCUGUUCAAAGACCUUUGCCCUCCCGUUCAAUGUGGAACGACCAUAAGAUAUUUUCCUCAAGCGCUGUGCAAAAGGACGCAACACUAUCUCCAGGCCAACGACUCCCAACAUUGUUGGAUGUUACAUGUUGCGUGCGUUUGCACACCCUGUUGCAUGCUGUUGCAAAAAUUUCAUUUGAAACUGGUCAAAACAUUUAGAUACGUGCAAACGGACGCAACAACUCCCAAAAAUGUUGCCUUCCGUUUUCACGGGGCUUCAGAGAGGUUUGAGUUAGACCUGAUAUACUUUUGGUUCAAAGCCUCUCUCACAUACAAGUGAAAGUAUACAUAUUUAUGAAACUAGGAUAUUAAGAAAAAUGACACUUAAGUCAUUGUAGAUGUUAUUGUGUAUAGAUUUCCGAAUAUAGUUUUUCUAACUAGGCUAUCCAUUAUUUUGUACCGUAGUACCAAUUUGACCCACACACUGGAGCCUGGAAAAACCGAUAUUUGAACAACAAAAAGCCGGAGAAAAUCUUCAGCCUUAAUGACGUCAUGUAUGACGAAGUUGGCGGGAAGGUGAAAACCUCCGCACCUCGUGAUUAUAACAUCAAACUUGAGGUAUGUUUUUUUACAGUACGUCUGUAAAAUUUCAAGACUUAUCAGAGCCAUACCUUCGAAAGUUAUCGAUCUCAAACCUGGUAGCAUCACUCAUUCCUAGGUACUCUUUCUAGCGGCGCUGAUGAAUUUUCGCUUACUGGUUAAUGUCGAAAUCUGAAGAAAAAACAACCAACAAAACAAAUAAUGGAAGCGUGUACUUCGCACAUAUUCCUCUUUCUUUCCACUCGGAUGUCACUCCUGGUUCGGCAUACGUUUCGUGCUCUGUAUUCGGUUUUCGCAGCUAGCGAGUUAAUUCGAGCAAGUGAAAUGAAAGUAAUUUAUUCACACGAUUCCUUUGUGGCGUGGACAUUCAGAACUGGAUUCCCUUAAUCCUACCUAUUUUGUCUUUGUAGUGAGACGGGUAACGUCAUUAAUAACAAAGUGAUGUGGCUUUACACUUAUUUUCCCAUUCAGGAAAUAGCUCAGUCCGCAAGCAAAACCCUAGAAGAGGCUUUUGAAUUAAAUAAGGUAAUACAGAGUGAGAGGAUAAAAUGAAAUAUAAAUAAGCAUAUAGGAAAUAAUGCUUUGUAUUCUGUAACUUGCGCGUCAAUCAGGAAAGCAUGAAUUGUGCGCAUAUAGGUGUUUUGUCGUAGAGGGUUUACUUGAUUAGACUGGUUAGACCUUAGAAUUUCGACCACGCAAUCAAGAACUACAUUGUGUCCCUAAACUGGACCUCUAGACUUCAUAAUGGGGUACGUUACUUUGAUCCCCGUAUCAGCUAAUGAGGAGAGUAAGUAAGGCACAUUAGAUAGUCAUCUUAGGUACCACUGAAGUACUUUGGAUCGAUCCUUAUGUUCAUUCAUCUUCAGGAAAUCAACACCCUUGACGACAUGAAAGUUGAAUUUUCAGACGACAAAAACCAGUUGAUCUGGUUUUUACAGCCCCAAGAAGCACAGUUCUACCUAGCCGCAGAAAGCUUGAGACACAAACCCAGCGCUCCCUUAACCAGGAGCAAACUUCCAUUCAGGCCGCCGUCAAGCAGAAAAAGUCAUUUACAGCGAAGAUGGACAGAACUUCAAGAAAUCCAAGGAUACAAAACUGGGGGUACGUUAUUUAGGGUAGUAAUAGAAACCAGAGGCAGGGGAUGGGCCCAGGGGCAAUGGUUCCCUUGUACUGCAUCCUUUGCUUCCUUUUGCCUAUAUAGGUAUCUUGCGUCAUUUACUUUGCAAACAUUUUACACAAAGAAGGUUUCUUUAAAGGCCAAGUAAUUAAUGUCAGUGCCUUACAUUAACGUUGAAUCAUAUCUUUGAUUAUGAGUUUCGGACGUGAAGCAAGAGUUACCGUCACACAACCCAUUCACACACUUAAGGAAAGUUUUGACUCAAUGACCUUGUUAGAGCGUGGUAGCUCUGUGGUAUCUCGACAUAGUGCAUGAUGGGAAAGGGAGAACCAAGACAUGUUGUUCGGAAUAAAGUUGUGUUGGUGAACAUCUGCUGUUUUGUCUCUGAUCCGACAUCUUAUAACAUGGCACCAGGAGCGUAAAGAGCCACGAAACUGUUGCUUCAAGUCCCUAGGACUGCUGUGGGACGUGUUUGGAGUCUUAACGUGGAGGAGAAAUUGGGGAAAUCUGAUCCGAAAAUACUGAUCGGACAUCUUCGCGCCAAAACUACAAUCGAAUGGAUCGUGGUAAAAUCUGUUUGAUUCUCAGGAUUUUCUUUCUGUUUUCGGGACUCUCUAGACGAGAAAAACUGAUAAUUUCUGUCCGCUGCUUUCGUGGAAAAACAUGUCGGAAGAAGGUGCCGAGGCUGCCCCAGCUCAAAACGCUGGAUUCUUUACUGGAAACAUAAUGAACUUUGAAAGACCGAAGUUCAACCGUCGCCUAGAGAAUCGCCUGGUUGCAAUAAGAGCCUUUGAGAAAAAAAAGUGGUUACAUCUUCAAAGGAAGCCUUGUUAACAUCUCAAACCAAAGGAAAUGCAUACUGGUACAAGACUGGCUCGGACCUGAAGGCUAAAGAUUUACGAUAGUUUAGAUUGGUUCGAAGAUGAGGAUAUAAACGACUAUGAUCUGAUGUGGACUAAAAUGGAGAGAGCGGUAAGUCCGGAAUGUAACGAGAUCCUUGUCUCUAAGAAAUUCAAGGAACGAAUGCAAAAACCUGCAGAGACAAUCACUGUUUUUAUCACAGAUUUGAUGCUGUUAGUGAAAGGGUGUAAUUAUCCAGACGAAGUUAGACAACUGUGAGAUCAAUUUGUUUAUGCAGUAUCUGAUGAAGAAUUAAAGAAAAGAUUACUAGAAAAAGGAAGUACUCUCACAGGAGUUGAGGCUACUGCGAUUGGCAAAGCCUAUGAAAGCACUAAACUUGAAGUUCAGGAAUGUAGUGCAAAACAAACUGCAAAGGAGAGUGUAAACGCCGUGUCUAACGAUAAACUAAGGAAUAUUCUCAUGUGCAAUUACUGUGUCAACAAGAAAGGAGCUCAUAGCUUCUUAGACCAAAACCUCUGUCCCGCCUGGGGAGCAGUAUGCAGAAAAUGCAAUAUCAAAAAUCACUACCAAGAUUCAAAUGAGUAUUCGGUUAGAAAGAGAGACACAAGGAAAACAGUCAGAUCCAAAGCAUUCGAAAUCGUCGAAAAAACCAUUUGUUCUGAAAGUAGAAGAAGAUGGCGAACACUAUUACGACGUUCUGGACAAAAUAUGUGUACUCAAUCAGAACGGCGACCAGAAGAUAGCCUUUGCAAACCUGUUGCUUUCAAAGAAACGAAUUCCUGCGAAGUUUCAGAUAGACUCUGGUUCUACAUGUAGUAUUCUCCUGGUGAAUGUAUACAAGGAUAUAAGUGGAGAUAAUGAUUUAAAGGAUCGCAACAUUGAAUUCAAGCCUCUUCUGUCUCUGUAUGAUGAAGAAACAAAAAUACAGACACUGGGAACCAGAAAAGUCUUUAUAUUUAAUCCUGCUACCGAGGAAGAAGUGAUUAUCCAGUUAAGAAUUGUUGACAGAGCCGUGACACCCCCCUCUGGUCUUCAUGAUUCAGAAAUUUUAAAACUCAUUGACCUUUUACGGGAGAACAUUGCCGUUGUAGGACCAGCUAAGCCAAGUGUCCCUCCAACAGCCACUGAGGGGUCGAAAACAACUAUCGCUGGAAACCAUUUUGACUAACUACCCUAAGAUAUUUGAUGACAGCUUGGGGAAGGUAGAGAGCACAUUGCAUCUUUACACAAAGGAUGAUGUUACACCACACAAAAAAGGUUAAAGAGAAAUCCCCCUGUAUGUUAAGAACAACCUCAUUGCUGAAGUGCAAGACCUCCAACAAAAGAUAUACGGGAGAAAGUGACUGAGCCCACUGAAUGGGUGGGUGCUUCUCCAAUUCUAAACAAGCCGUCCGCUAAGAAUGGAAUAAGGCUAUGCAUCGAUAGCAGACCACUGAACACAGCACUCAAGCGCUCUAAGUACCCAAUUCGAACUGUUGAUCAUCUGCUCACAGAAAUUAGCAAUGCUAAAGUAUUUUCCUCAGCUGAUAUCAAGUCUGCCUUUUGGCACAUCCCAUUAGAUAAAGAAAGCUCCCUGUUGACGACGUUUAAUACCCCUCUUGGAAGGAUGAAAUGGAACAGAAUGCCUUUCGGCAUUAGCGUAGCUCCUGAAGAAUUUCAAAGAAGAAUCGACGAGAACUUAGAAGAUGACGGUGUUAAAGCAAUCGCUGAUGGCAUCCUGAUCUGGAAUGAUGGUGAAACCAUUGAAGAGGCGACAGCCAAUCAUGACGAACGCCCGUUAACUUUGCUAGAACGAUGCAAGCGGAAUAUUAAACUUGGCAAAGAGAAGUUCCAACUGCGGAAGACUGAAUUGUCCUACAUGGGUGUGGUUCUGACAGACAAAGGUGUUAAAACCGACUCCAAGAAACAAGAUUGUAUUCGAUCAAUGCCUGCUACAACAAACAAAGAUGAAGUAAGACGAUUACUUAGUGUAGUAACUUACCUCUCACGAUUUUCUGAGGACUUGUCCACCAAGUCAGAACAGCUACGAACAUUGCUCAAAAAAGAAACUGCGUUCAUCUGGGAAGCAAAUGAACAGAAAGGUUUUGAAGAAAUUAAGACCCUUAUCUCAAACGCACCAUUAUUGAAGUGCUUCAACCCAGUCGAGACAGUAGAAAUACAAGUUGACGCAUCAUCAAGCGGAUUAGGAGCAUGCCUCAUGCAAGGUAAUCAGCAUAUACAGUAUGCUUCGAGAGCAUUAACUGAAACUGAAAACGCUAUAGUCGAGUUUAGAAAGAGAUGCUUAGUAUUGUUUAUGGCCUCACUAAAUAGCACACCUACACUUAUGGUCGAAAAGUGACAAUUUACAAUGACCACAAGCCGCUGGCUGCUGUAUUGAAGAAACCUGUUGCAGAUAUUCCUGUGAGACUCCAGCAAAUGCUCAGAAUCAUGGGAUAAGACUUCGAAUUUAAGUUUGUGAAAGGCAAAGAUCUUAUUGCUGACGCACUUAGCAGAUCCCAACCAACAAGCCAGAACUGAAGCACGUUUGAACAUGGGAUUGAAACAACUCGAGUGGUCCAUGAAGAUCAAAGCGUAACAAGAAGUUUAGCUGAAAUUGCAGAAGCAACAGCCGAUGAAACUGAAUUACAGUCAGUAGUUCACCACAUCUCUAAAGGCUGGACAAACAACAAAAGAAACGUACCUAUUGAAAGUCUAUCCUACUGGAGCAUCAAGGACGAACUGUCGGUCAGUGGUAGAAUUGUUUACAAGAACGAUCGCAUCGUAGUUCCGGUGGCCCUGAGGAAGACACUCAUCAGACUACAUCAAGCGCAGCCUAUGUGUACAGAAUCAACCCUUAGACGCGCCAGAACAUCCUUAUGGUGGCUAAACAUGAACAACCAACUAAAGCAGUUUGUUGCCAUAUGUGAAGUCUGCAACGCUUUCUAGGCCAAAAAAACUCUGAUAGUCUUGAAAUUUCUAACAGACCGUGGUCUAAAGUCGGUUCUGAUAUGGCGGAGAGGACACUAUCUAGUAUUGGUUGACUAUUACAGAAACUGAAUUGAAUUUGACCUGAUGAGAAACCAAACUGCUGCUGAGAUCAUCACUUUGAUGCAAAAACAGUUUGCAAGAUGGAGAAUUCCCGAGGACAACGUCACAGACAGCGGAACGAAUUACGACUCCGUUGAAUUCUCACAGCUCUGUAAACAAAACAACAUCGAACAGACCAAAUAUUCACCUCAUCACCACCAGAGCAAUGGGAAAUCUGAAUCUGCUGUGAAGAUUAUAAAGACAUCGUUGAAGAAGACAGAGAAAACUGCAUUAAAUCCGUAUGAAGCGUUGCUUGGCCGGCAUAACACACCCGCCAUUGGUAUGACAACAUCUUCGGCACAAAGAUUCCUUAACGGUCGACAAGAACAGAAAUACCCACCAGAGGAACUUUACUUACACCGAAAAUUGCAGAGAAAGUGUUAGAAGAGGAAACCAGGAAAACCAAGAAAUCUGAAGUUUAUUAUAACAAAUCUGCCAGAGAUCUGAAUGAGCUAAAGCCUGGUGACAUUGUUUGAGUAAAGCCAGAAACAUUAGUCAAAGGACAAGAGUGGAAGAAGGGGACUGUAACACAGAGUCAUGGAUACAGAUCAUGAGACGUAAAAGUAGAAGGAAAAGUAAUUAGGAGAAACCGUGUACACCUAAAGCCAGACAAGCAAGUCAAAAUAACGGAACCAUCCCUGAAGUCUGAAGAACAGAAGCCCAGGGACCAAUUCAGCACCUCCUACCAACCAGAGCAUGCACGUGAAGCCACAAAACAGACCGCAAAGACUUGGAAACUGAAUGCACCAAUAUAGAACUGGUUACUGUAAAACGAACGCGUUCAGGACGCUUACAUAUAAAUAAAACACAGCAGAGAUAUAGUUAUAAAAAUAAUAAUAAUAAUAACAAUAAUAACAAUAAUAAUAAUAAUAAUAAUAGACAAAAAUCGUUAUUAACAUAUGACUACUUUCUUCAAGCCUUAAGAAAAAACAAACAAACAAACAAACAACAACAAAACAGUAAAUUAGUCUUUCGCCAAAUGUUACUUCUGAUAAAUCAACUUUACAGAGACGGUUGGUGUGGGAAUCGUUUUAGAGCGCUAAGCAGGGAGAGUUUCAUUCAUUGACCUCCAAAGAAAUCGCCAACUGUACAGGUGAUGUUAUCUUUUCUCGAAGUAGUACUCAAUUGAAGGCAACACUUUUGUGGUUAAAUACGACAACCGUGUCCAUUGUGCCUACGGCAAACAUAUAUUCAACUUAUUAUGUUUAUUCAGCCAUUUUCUUUUUCUUUCGCAGGCAAUAACAAGAUAACUGACCUGAACGAUAACGAGUUUCCGCGAAAACCACGAGAAGCAUGGACACCAAAGUUACAAAGGAAAUCCUUACCUGUUGGGGUCGGUAGAAUGGACAAGAAACGAAAACCAAAAUGCAUUAUUCAGUAGAAUCUUUGCAUCUGAAAUGCAAGAACUAAGUAAGGCAGGAUGCCACCCAAAUCAUUAAGGCACAUCACUGUGAAUCCAU